ACUCUAGCUCCCGCACAAACGAGCUUUCCUACCCCCGGGGCCGACGGUUCGGCGGCUUGUUCCCCGUUUCGGGGGGUCUGUAGCGGGCCUGGCCCCGGCCCUCCCCGUUGCCCCGCCGGGACCGGGCAGCGACCGCCGCCUCUCACCCGCCGCGCUGGGCCGCAGCGGCGGUUCUCCCCGUGGCUCGUUCGAACAGCAGCAGCACCACCGGCCGCUUCUGCCCUGGCGGGGCCCCGUGCUGGGCGGCCUGGCCGGGCCAUGGCGCAGUGACAAGCCAGCCGCCUUCCCAGCAGCGGCCCCUUGGCAGUAACCCCGAGGGCCGCUAGUAACCGGGGAAGGGAUUUGUUAGUUGUUUACCCCCUCGAAUGCUUCUGUCGGGAGGGGCUUUAGUAUAAUUCUAAGAAGAAAAGGAAAGUAGCUGAGAUUUAUCAGGCCCUGAACAGUGAUCCCAUUGAUGUGGCUGCACUCAGACGAAUGGCGAUCAGUGAAGGGGGUCUCCUGACAGAUGAGAUUCGUUGCAAAGUAUGGCCAAAGCUUCUCAAUGUGAAGACGGAUGAUCUGCCUCCUGCUCCAGGACAGGAGCUGCGGGAGGACAAUGAAGACUACCAGCAGGUGUUACUGGAUGUGAGGCGAUCCCUGCGCCGCUUCCCACCCGGGAUGCCAGAUGAGCAGAGGGAAGGGCUCCAGGAAGAACUGAUUGACAUCAUCCUGCAGGUUUUACAGCGCAACCCCCAGCUGCACUACUACCAGGGCUACCAUGACAUUGUGGUCACUUUUCUGCUGGUCGUGGGGGAGAGACUGGCGACUGCUCUUGUGGAAAAGCUUUCGACCCACCACCUCAGGGAUUUUAUGGACCCAACAAUGGACAACACCAAGCACAUUUUAAAUUACCUGAUGCCCAUUAUAGACCAGGUGAACCCUGAACUCCAUGACUUCAUGCAAAGUGCUGAAGUGGGGACCAUCUUUGCACUCAGUUGGCUGAUCACCUGGUUUGGGCAUGUCCUGGCUGACUUCCGACAUGUGGUGCGAUUGUAUGACUUCUUCCUGGCAUGUCACCCACUGAUGCCCAUUUACUUUGCUGCUGUGAUCGUGUUGUAUCGGGAGCAGGAGGUUCUGGACUGUGAAUGCGACAUGGCCUCUGUCCACCAUCUCUUGUCCCAGAUCCCACAGGACCUUCCCUAUGAGACCCUGAUUAGCAGAGCUGGGGAUCUCUUCGUCCAGUUUCCUCCGUCGGAGCUUGCCAGGAAGGCAGCACAGCAGCGUGCUGAGAGGACCGCUGCUUCCACCUUUAAAGACUUUGAGUUGGCUUCAGCCCAGCAGAGACCAGACACUGUGCUGCGACAGCGCUUCAGGGACCGGCUCCGAGUGGAGGAACGGACAAAAUCCAUCUUGACAAAACCAAGGACCAAUCGCUUUGUCAAGCUGGCAGUGAUGGGGCUGACGGUGGCACUGGGGGCAGCUGCUCUUGCCGUGGUGAAGAGUGCCCUAGAAUGGGCACCCAAGUUCGAACUGCAGAUUUUCCCCUGAUGGAGGGAGAAUGGUGCCCUGCCACUUUAAAGAUCACGUUCUGCCAUGGCAGGAGAGGCCGGUGUUUCCUUUAUUGAAAGGACUUGUCUAAAAAUGCCUGGCGUAGAGAGUUUUCUAGUCCUACUGCUCUCCAUAACACGACCUGCCUUUGUCUCCGAGGUGGAGGGGGACUGGCCCAGCAGCAGUGCUCACCAUGUGAGGAUGCUCACCUUGUUCUUGUCUCCCUGAGCAGCAAGGAAACUCCUUCUCUCUUACUCUGAGGAAUUAGAAGUGAACACUUCCUGAGCUGGCAGUGCCUGGAACAGCCUGGCGGGUCAGGUUUCACACACACUGGCUGGACACCUGCAGAGCUCUGUGUGUGUCGAUCUCUUGAAGCACUCUGACGUUCUCUCCCCAGAGUGUAAUGGGAGAGGAAAUGACUAAAUAUUUUCAGGUAGAUGAGCGGUCACAUCUGCACAUCAGUGGGUUGCGGGGGAGGUUAGACUCCUGGUGAAUGGUGUAAGUAGCUUUCUGGUUCCCAUAGCAUCCCUUUCUGCCCUCCCCCAGAGCACUCCGCUUUCUGCAGAGUCAGGGUCUUACCAACACUCUGAUCUUUUUCUUGCUCUGCAGACAAUGUUUUAGUAGAGCAGAGCCCUCUUUGCAAAUUCCUCUCAUGGGAAUAGACCCCCUAGACUAACACUAGGGUUCAAGGUUGUCACCACUGUAUAACUGCAUGAGUUAAGUUAGUGUCCUAAUCUCCCCAGUCUGGUAUGUUUACAGGAGGGAACAUCCAUGGGCUUUUCUGGUCUGCUGGAGAGAGGUCAGCUCUCAGCCAGCCACACCAACUGGACUGGUAAGCUAGUCGGUUCUUUCAGUUCAGCAAGAUAAGACAGGGCUGAGUGUGAAUUAUUUGUCCCAGGUGUGAACAGUUACUUGCCAGGCCAAACCAGCUCCUGUUACUACACCUAGAGAAGCCAUUUCAAUUGCUAACUUUUAAACACAGCCUUUAAAAUAAAAAAAAAAAUCUUUCCACCAUGCAAAAUAGCUUGUGGCAGGACAGAAGCCAUUGCCACUGGAAGACCCUUUAAAAUGUCUCUCCAACUAACCAUUCAGACUUUCACAUCAACCCUUAAAAUGCUGCAGGUGAGUGACUUUUCCAGAAAUGUGACUCCAGGUGCCUAGAGCCCAGCCACUCACCAGAUCUGCCGCCAGCUUCUCCUCCUCCCAGCCCAAAAACCUCCAAGCACCUAGUACUGUCUAACUUAAACUAAGCCAAUAGACACUACACAUCUCUACCUCCUCCUCACUGCUGCUAACCCCUUCCACAAGUGCCCUUACCCUGCCCCACUGCUUCCCAGGUGACUGACUGUCCCCUGCUGCAUCCCACCCAAUGCCAUCUGGCCCCGUUUCCAGCAGUUACACACCUAGAAAUUAGGUGUUGGUUGAACAGUUAAGGAAAUAUGAAUAUACUAGAAGCUUUGUGCCCUGCAGUAAUCUAGAGCCUUUUAUUCAUUCUUAAUACAGUCCAUUUUAUAUCUGAGUUACUCUGACUGUGCUGUCAGUCCUGAAGGCACCGUGCCAUUAAGAACUGCAGCGUAAGGAAGUAACAGUGCCUAGACAACAUAGCAGGGUUCACCUAUAUACAAGCAUAACUUUCUUGGAUGGGAGCAGGGCUCCGAGCAAACAAAUGGCCCUUUGCUUCUAGAGUGGCUGAUGUCUGUGGUAUGUUUUGAUUCAACAAACAAAAACAAAACAGGAAGGAGGAAAUUUGCACCAUUCCCUUUUCUGUUGCUGGCCCCUCUUUGUGGGCACCUUGCUUUCUAGUGACAUCUGGCUAGUCACUGAUCAGGUUGUUUCCACUCAAGCAAUCACUCUUCCCCUUGGCCAGCCUGUCCUCUAACAUGCUAAAAGGUAUUGUCAAUUUGUAGCUGCAUGGGAGUGGGCUGCCCAACCAAUGGGAAGUUGCUGGUGGCAUCCUCUGCGGCGCAAUAAAUGGAGUUGAAGAGCUGUUAAAUGAAGCACUUUAUUUCAAACAAACAAACCACUGCUAGAAGAGGAGGGCACUCACCCCGGGGUUAUUUGCUCACAUGGUUUACCUUCCUUGCCUAAAUACAAACCCAGGACCCUGGUUCCCUCGGGCACCUUGGAUGCUUGCAGUUGAUCUCAUUGAGACAGAAGAUACUUUCCUAUAUAGCUACCAAGAGGGAUGAGCCUUUCUGCAGUGUUUGGCCCUUGUUUAACUUGGUGUGGUUUGUGAUAGGCCCAGGCAGGGAAUUAAGAAGAGAGGGAGUGUGGGGGAGGAUUUUUCCAAAGCACUUAGAUGAGUUGGAAGUACAAGUCCCAUUCAGUGGGGUUUAUGCUCCUAAUUCAGGGGCUUCUGCAACUCCUGCCUGACCUCUACAAUUAAAAUUCAGUGGGGGGUUGUGGCCUUUUCUGUUGUGUAAAGGUAGCUGGAAAGGAGUUCCCACCCCCAUCUGAAAAUCUGCUGUUUUUUUUUCUUUUUUAAGCAUUAGAAAUUCAGGUCUUGUCUCACCUGCUUUGCUUAUCAGAUGCUGGGCAACUAGAGAGCUGGUAGGAUUGAUAUCACAAGUGUCGAGGAGCAAAUACUGAGCUGUUGAGAGGUAUAGUCGGCCUUUAAGAUUGUUUUUCCUGUUAACAGCUCUAGCUCCAACACCAGAUGCAGUUGGCAGGAAAGAUGUUUGUUAAAGAUUGAAACCCUCUGUCCAUGCUUCAGUUACAGGCUGCCAGUGCCUGUUCCAGCUCUCUGGUCCUCCACCACACACAGGGAAGAGGAGACUUGAUGUUACUGACUCCUGAGGGAAAAACAGAAACAUCCCUGCCUGCCUUCCGUAUCCCUAGUAAAGCGACAGAAGGUGCCAUUGCAGGGACCUGUUGUGGCGCUGAGUGUUGUGUGUAAUGUGUGAUUUCCCCUUGCAUGUACAGAUCAAAAGGCCUAGCAGGUAGCCUGGAGCUGCUGCUGGAAACCAGCACAGCUUGGGGAUCCAGUCAGAGACUUCCCACACCUAAGUGUGAACCCCUGCCUUACACGCUCAGAGCAGUUUCCAGCCCAUGUGUAAACUCAUUCCCGCCUGGAGGGGUUACUGCACCUUCAGUACCCUGCUGUGGCUGAGGGUCCCUGGAGACUGGCAGUAGGUGCGCUUGGCCUGCACUCAGGCUCUCCAGGAACGCAACAGUUUCAUUCUCUUUUCACACCUUCACGGAGGAGGCCAGGAUGGCCCCUGCUGAAAGACACUGUUCUCUUCAGGUGGUUUAGUCUGUAUAAGGACUUGUAUACACGUGUAAAUGCUGUUUUGUACAGAACUGUGUAAAAUAAACAGCAAUACCCGGUUA